AUGCGCCUGAUAAAUGUCCGGACGAUGCAAUUGGAGGAAGUCCCCAACAGCACGGCUCCCCAGUAUGCUAUCCUUUCGCAUCGCUGGGAACAGGAAGAAGUCACUCUCCAGGACAUGAGUUCUCAGGAGACCUUUGGCAAGAGAGGCUUCUCCAAGAUUCAGCAGGCUUGCUGGCUUGCCCGCAACAAAGAACUUGCCUACCUUUGGGUCGACACCUGUUGCAUUGACAAGACGAGCUCGGCCGAGCUCACGGAGGCCAUCAACUCGAUGUAUCGAUGGUAUCAGGACGCCCAAAUCUGCUUUGCCUACCUCACCGAUAUUGAGAUCCACAAGCGCGACAUGAAGGACAGCGUAUGGUUCACAAGGGGCUGGACGCUCCAGGAAUUGAUUGCUCCAAAGCACGUCAGCUUCUACGACCGAAACUGGGUAUUUCUAGGCACUAAAGACAACCUUGCGGGGGAUCUCUCGAAUAUCACUGGCAUUGAUAGGGAUGUUCUCAUCGGCCAAAGAAGACACUCGAGCUGUUCGAUAGCACAGCGAAUGUCGUGGGCCUCAAAGCGGUCGACGGAACGGAUCGAGGACCGAGCAUACAGUCUUCUGGGUAUCUUCGACGUCAGCAUGCCCAUGUUGUACGGUGAAGGAGAAAAAUCAUUUACAAGGCUGCAAGAAGAGAUCAUCAAGCAUUCCGACGACCAAUCCAUAUUCGCAUGGGAUCGUGGAUUGGAUGGCAAAAAUUUCCGCGGCCACAGCGGUCUUUUAGCAUCCUCUCCCUCACACUUUGCCACUUGUCAGAACGUCGUCACCGCCUCCCAUGGUUUAACAAACACCAGGGGCUUCGCGUUGACCAAUGUUGGGUUAGAGAUUUCCUUACUGACCGUUCCGUGGGCUAUGGAGACGUACCUCUGUAUCCUAAACUGCAGCCUCAAGGACUGGCCUCAAUAUCGAGUGGGAAUAUUCCUCGAACGACUCUAUUCGUCCCAAAACGCAGAGCAAUAUGCUCGAGUGCAGAUUGACGGUGCCACAGUGCUGACCCUCCCACUUCGGACAAUUCUGUGCGAUUCUCAUUGCCGGGAGCGCACCGUCCACGUCCGGCCGAAUAUCAUCGACGCGCCGAUGCGACGCUGGCAUGGCUUCCGCCUCCAUGACUUCACUCUGCCAGGAUACACCAUGAACGAAAUCCAUAAAGCGAGGUUCCAUUUCUGCUACAGCUUACAGUCCAUGAGCCGGUACACCGCCGAGGAAAGACGGGCAGCACAGGAUGGACUUCUGAGCUUGCCUCUUCGACCCAUCUACUUCCAUAUGCCGCGUGCUAGAGGACGCCCAAUGAGUGUCAGGGGCACGGCCGCCGUCAUCUACGUCCCACCUUCGAGGAGGGACAAGAACGGCGAGCGCAUCUGCUGGAUGAAGUUCGGAUUUGACGAAGAUUUCCGUCCCGUGUGCAUCUUUGGCAGACGCAAGUCCCUGUGGGGCGGAAACGCAGCGCACCUGACUGUCGACGAGGACUCGUACUACGACGCUGAAGAAGAGCACGAAGCGCAUGCCCGCCUUUUCCUCCAUGACUGGCUCAACCCGGACUGGGUCAAUCGGAACCUGUGCACGACCGAUUCGGAAAUCGCCGCGUCCUGGCAGAGGCGGGACUUCUUCAUCCUGAAGGGCGUCAAGGAUUGGGGCCUUGACAGACAGGUCCCGUUCUUGCGGCUGCGGAUUUCGAUCCGCUUGGAGAGCCUCCCAUUCGACUUUCCGUCCGACGGACGGCCCGAGUCGCCCUUGCCGGGGAUGAACGUGUGGACCAUCAAUGUGAGUUGCUGGCGAGGCUCAGGCGACAACGGGGCAGAGAGGACGGCCGUGCGGACCGGCGAGCUCGUGCUCCGCUCUUUGGACGACGUUAUUGCCGCGUUUUAA